UAACCUCAAAACCAACCAUGGCUUUGUCGCGCAAAAAUUUCAGCGAUAUUCCGCCAGACGCGGUGAUUUUAACCGAAGAGGAGGCCUUCAAGUACCAAAGCAAGCUGCUCAACUCGUGGAAAGACACCUCCGACAUUCUUGGCUAUAAAUACGGCCCUUAUCUCCUAAGUGCGGCCGGUUUUUUCAGCGGCUUUUUCCUCAAUAGCUACUACCGGCAAAAGUUCAAACUCUUGAGUUAUGGGCGCGCCUCCACGUACCUCCCAAUGUGUUUCUUACCGGCGGCUUUUUCCUUCCUGACACACGUCGAGUUCGUGCAAAGCGACGUUAUUUUGCAGAAACGCGACGCCUGUCCCGUGUGUCUCGAGAUGCGGGGGGCUGCCAUCCAGGGGCUGGUGGGGUGCGUCUUCCCCACGAUUUUAGCCCCCAUGGCCAACCUCUCGUUGGCACACCGUUAUGCCACUUUCAAUGUCCCCGAUUUGGCACGAGAGCCCACCAAAGUGUACAAUUUAAUUCGGUUAAAGUCACAACCGAUUUCCGGCAUUUUACUGGCGAUUUUUCUGGGACAGGCGUUUUUUGGCUCACUUGUGACGUACUUGGAAGCCAAAUCUGUUAUAAAUGUAAACCUGAAACUUGCCGAACUGGAGCGACAAGUCGAAAAUUCGUGAAUAAAUAAUUAACUAGUUAUAAAA